CAAAAUUAACACUUUUCUACUAACCCCACGCCGCUUCAUAUUCUCACAACAGAAGGACAAAACAAAACACAAUGAAGUUCAGCAUAGAUUUCUCCCUGCUCUUCCCUCUCGCCUUCUGCCUCUCUUUCCUCCCUCUGCUAAACGCUGCCGAUGCCAAUGCCACAGCAAAAUUAAUCGAGAAAGCCUGCAAGGACGCAGAGUACAAGGAUCUCUGCAUCCAGAGCCUCCAGGCAGACGAAGCAAGCAAAGAUUCCGACCUCCGCGGCCUUGUCCUGCUCGCUAUCAGGCUUGCCGGUGCCAAUGGAUCCGACACGUUGGACUACAUCAAGAAGAUUCAAAACGAUACGUCAGAGUCGGAGCCCGCAAUCGAUCAGUGUCUCAAUGAAUGUUGGGAACAUUACCUCUCGGCGGUGGAGCAGCUGGACGAUUCGAUCGCGGCGCUGCUGGCGGAGGCCAGCAACGAUGUGAAGACCUGGGUGGAGGCGGCGAUCAUCGAUGCAGAGUCGUGUGAAGAUGCGUUGAAGGAGUAUCCCGGAAAACAGUCUGUAAUUUUGGAGAGGAGUACCAUUUUCCGGAGGUUAUGCAGCAAUGCUUUGGCCAUCAACAAAGUUUGGGCGAAGGCAAAUUGAAAAACCACCCCGGAGUAUCGCCUAAUCUACAGCUCCCUUCCAACGCAAUAACGGCUUUUCUUUUUAUUCUAUGCAUAAUAUAGGAUUAACAAUGACAAUUUUUCCUAUGAAUAAUUUAUAGUAAAUUUUCUUUUCCAAU